UCUGUUUGUGGUUUUUUUGCAAGAGCCUUCCUGUAAUGAAGACUCCAACGCUCUUGAAGAUCAUUGCUUCAAUCAAGCCUGUUUGCGUCGAAUCUGCGUCAGAUCUUGUUGUUUCAGGUACCCCGUGGAGCUUUAUUCUCAGGGACAACUACAGGAACUCUGGUUUUGAGAGUACACCCAUCAAGCUGAAGAAGAUCAAGAAGGGACACAAGGAGAAUAUGAUAAAACAGGAGGGAAUGUCAUGGAAAUUUUCUAUUACAGGUUGUCCUUUAAAUGUGUCAUAUAUUAGUGUUAUUCAUAUGGCUCUCGUGUGGCUUAAUUAA